AUGAAAAAUAAUACCUUUCAUGACAAGGACAAUGAUCCACCUGUCGUUAGGGAACACAAUUUGAACCUUCGACAAGACGAUACUUCAUCUGAAACGCUUGACGCAAAAGACGAAAAGGAAGCUUUAAUAGACCACAUUCACAACAAAGCAAUGGUUCGACGCAUCCAACACGGAAACAACAUAUACACAACUUUCAUUGGAAACAGCCACAGAGGACAACAAACAAAGCAUAGAGAUGACUGUUUGUUUUUAGCAGAAAAUGCAAAAUAUCCGAAAUACUGGAGCAAAUCUGAAAGAACUUCAUCGUUCUUGUGCUGGAGACGGACAGCUUUAGUGUCAACAGGCAGUCUCGUAGACGCUGGACUAUAUUACACAGGUUCUGGAGAUGAAGUGCGAUGCUUCCAAUGUGGCGGGGGUCUAAAAAACUGGGAGGUAAAUGACGAUCCGUGGGCCGAGCAUGCAUAUUGGUUCCCAAGUUGUCAGUACGUAAUGCAGUGCAAAGGUCAAGAGUUCAUUGACAUGGUUCAGGCGAUGAGGACACGACUCGAUGUUACUGAGCAAGAGAGACACGUUUCUCAUAAUGUUAACAGAGGGGCGCAGUCUUCGGUAAAUGGUACCGCUACAAAUAACAACGUGACGUCGUACGAAUUACCACGGCAACGAACAUUUAAAGACGACAGUGACAGAGCCUUGAUAACAACAUUUAUUGAAAUGGGCUUUGGGCGGGAUCUUGUACUAUUGGCACUUAGGAAGGUCACAAAGAAUGAAAUUGAGGGUACUUCAAUAAUGCACGAUCAAGUACUAGAAUAUCUGCUGCAGAACAUCGUCCCAGAGAAAACAGACAUCUCACCAUCGACCGAAACAAAAACGUCAAUGAAAAUAAAGGGAACACACAACGAUAAAUCUAGAAAUGAUGCAAAGCCAAAGAGUACAUCUGUAAUAGAUAUUAAAGACGUCGUGGAAGAAAAUUAUGCACUAAAGCAACAAAUGACGUGCAAAGUAUGCAUGGACAGUGCCGCAUGCGUAGUUUUUCUACCAUGCGGCCACAUGGUCACAUGCGAGAAAUGCGCAUGCGCUCUCAGAAAAUGCGCCAUAUGUCGGGCACGUAUUCAAGGAAAUGUCAGGGCAAUUAUUUCGUGAAGACCGAUGUUUAAAAAUAGUAUUUCGGAGCAAGGGAUGCUUCUGUAACUGAUUGAUUUGUUUUGCGACGACAGUUGUGUAGCUAUAAGAGAGGGGAUUAGGAAUUGUUACCUACAAGAUGAUUGGUUGAUGCCAGUUCUUGGUAGCAGUCACGACCGGACAUAUCAAUAGACAUGUCAAUCAAAUCCUCAUCUAAGAAUCGAUCUACCAAUCAGCGAUCGAUUAAUCGGGCGCGCGAGUUAGCAACGAACUGUCCGCCAUUUUCCUAGACAAGCUAUGUAUAGGUUCACUUUUAUUUCAACGAGUUUUUUGUUGUUUUCCUUUUAAAAAUAACGUAGAUUAAAAUAGUUAAACGGUGUCAAUGGGGAUUAUGUAACUUGGACAAUCGAUAUUUUGAAAGAUUAGUUGGUUGCAUUGAAUUUAUGUUGUUUCCAAAGCCGAAAAAAGAUCUUAACAAGUGUAAGAGAUGGAUAAAUGCAUGCGGUCGUCUCCACGAACAACUGAAUGUCAACACUGUCAAAGACAAUUACAAUAUCUUUUUAUCGUAUAUGCUAGCAUAUUUAAAUAGUUUAUGUUAUCGAUCUGAUCAUCACAUCUCUGACAUUUGGUAUUCAGAAAGAUAAGUUAGAUGAAUUACAUUUUUACCAUUUCCAACGCGGAAAUGCGGUCUUGACAAGAGCGAGUGGAAGCUUCAAUUUGUAGAAUUACCGAGAUCCCCUUUAUAGAACAUUCAUUUAUUUCAAAAACUGGAAAUGUCAUAUAAGCAAUAACUAAGCAUUAUUAAGUAUGAAUUAUGUCACGAGUGCAUGUAAAAUAAUAGAGAAUAUUGCUACCCACUUCGUGUAACUUAACGAAAUCCCCGUUAAAAAUCGAGUUUGUGUGUGUGUCAGAAACAUGUGAAAACCAUUUUAUGUUACUAUUUUAAUAAAAACGUAUCGAUAAAUGCCAUUGUAUAAGAGUUAUUAUUACUGAUAUAACCAAUAAAUGCGGUAACUUGGGGGAAGUCGGUACCUGCGCGAGCGUCUGAUACUGGUAGUUUUAUUAAGUAGCCUGACCGAACGCCCCUACAUACAACGCUAAUUUAUAUCAGACAAUGACCAAACUGAUUGUGUUGUUUUGCACUUUCAAUUAUAGUGAUUGAUAAAUGUCCCAUAAGCAAUGUUUUAUAUGAUUAGGUACCCACUCGGCGUCAGAAAGCGCGUAAAACUUCACCGAAUUCCCAGUUAUAAAGCGCUAUUUCGUUUCAAAUACACGGGAGGGGGGGGGGGGAGGAAUGUUUCGUUAAUAUUUUCGUAAAUAACAAGGGUAAAUACCGGUGAAGAAGUGUUAAUUUAUUGCUAAUACCACCAUUACACGUAAUAACAGGUUCGAUUUCGGUAAGCGCGUAAGCGUUUGAGAGCGUGUUUAAUGUACCGAUUUACCCGUUUUAAAUAGCUGAUGUUCUCUAUAAACGUAUACUUUUGCAUUUGCAGAAUAACUAAAUGACAUAACCCCUUUUACAAGUGUUAUAUGGUGUGAAUACGUCCAUAAACUCAUUAGGAAUAUCGCGUAAAUCUAUAUGCAGUCUAUAGGCAAGGAAGCCAUUUUGGUGUUAGCUUGUCUAUCAAACCGCUAAGCCAUGUGAUUUAGUGGGCGGAGCGAAGCGUGAUGUCAAUCGACCAGUCGCCAAAUACGAGAUCGCUCCGCCAACUAAGUUGUGUUUUCAUAAAACGCGUUAUCCAUUACUCCGACAGUCUUUGUUUGUCAGACCAUGUGGCCGCAAUAAACGAAAUCUGAUUAUUUCGUGAGUUUGAUUGCCUGCUGGCGACUGGUCAAUUAGAUUAUACCUGACGUUACGCUUUAUAUUGAAACUUGUAGUGCAUCCAUACAGUAGUUUUUGUCGUGACGCUGUUGGUCUGUUUAUUUAUUAUAAUUGUCUUUCAAAAUAUCUUUAGUAAAGGUCAAGUAAAAAAUAAAUUAUUAUUUAGAAGUUAUGACGAAGGAUACGUUCAUUUCUUUUAUCAUGGUAUUUUUACACUCGGUUUUAAUACUUCUUUGUUUUAACCACAAUACUGUUCUUAAGGUAUGUUACCAAACACUCGUAAAAUAAAGCACGACACUUGAUUUAGAUGCGGUAAGCGCCGCGUAAAGAGGUCAAUGCCCAGUAUUGGUGGUUGAAGAGACUAAAUCUAAUCCCGUAACUUUCACUUACUAUUGCAUUUAUUCAAGUAAAAAUCAAAAUUAUAUCAAAGUAAUGCUUAUAUAUUGUAUUCGCCGUACAUGUACAUGUUUUAACUUGAAAAUGACAAUUUAUUCACCUAAAAAUUUGGUAAGUGCAACUUUGAUCUUGUUAACACUUCAUUUGGUAAGAGCGUAUAAUUUCACAUAUUUAAUGAAUAUUUGUUUUGGUUUUCACAUAAUAUUCUUGCAAUAUUUAUUUAAGAACCCGUGUACAAAGUUAAAAAACAAAUUCUUAUUGGUAUUUAUUUAUGUUGUAGUUAUUUUAUACAUGGCGAGGCUGGAAGCAAUUACGCAUAUAUUGUUUGUUUGUUUUUAAUAUUUUCUCUUAAAUAAAUGUGCGUUGUGGUGUUUUAUUGAAUGUUCGUUGCAUG